CCAUCCAUAGAUUAGCAUCACCAAAACAAAUUAACAAGAAAUAUAUAAAGUCAGGUGAAAAUAGUGUUGUUAUCUACGAGAUUAUCACCAUAUAUUUAAAUACCUUAAUAUAUUUAUCUACCAGUUCAUUUGUACAUUUUCGAUUCUAUACUGGAGGCUUACGAUUCAGCCUAUCAAAUGACACUUGCUUAAAAUUCUUUUACAUCAGAUACAUCAACCAAUGUUUAUCAUCUGCUAAAGACUAAAAGAUGUUACACAGCAGAUAUAACCCAGAUUUUAUUAAUCUGUGGUGAAUUUGAGAAAAUAUUUCUUCCAAACUGAGAUUAACAAAAACUUUCUUUCUUCCGGAAUAUGUAGAUGACGAUUUUGUAAACUGAUUAAUCUUGGAUAAUUUUGUAAAGGUGUUUACAACCAUCAAAUAUAUAUAUAUAUAUCAAUGGAAAUAUGCCUAUAGAAAUACUUCCAUCACUAUAGGAAUAUAUAGAAGAGAAAACAAGAAAAACAUAUUUUGAUGAGGGAACAAUUUUACCUAAGGUGUUCGGUGACAAACUUUUUUUUUUUGUUUCCUAAAGACAUGCAAAAAGAGAUAGGGAAAUCAUCAUACCAUUGUGAUAUCUGUAAAAAGUCAUUCUCUGAAAAGGGUAACCUUAUCAUACACAAAUAUACACAUACAGGAGAAAAACCAUAUCACUGUGAGAUCUGUGAGAAAUCGUUCUCUGCUCUUGGUAACUUAACUACUCAUAAACACAUUCAUACAGGAGAGAAACCAUAUCAGUGUGAUAUAUGUGGUGAAUCUUUUUCUAGAGGAAACACCUUAACUAUACACAAACGUACUCAUACAGGAGAGAAGCCAUAUCACUGUGAUGUCUGUGGUAAAUCAUUUUCUCAAAGAGGCCACUUAAUUCGCCACACACAUGUUCACUCAGGAGAGAAACCAUAUCAUUGUGAUAUCUGUGGUAAAUCAUUUUCACACGGAAGUACCUUAACUAAACACAAACACAUUCAUACAGGAGAGAAACCAUUUCCCUGUGAUAUUUGUGGUAAAUCAUUCUCAGUAUGUAGUUAUUUAACUAGCCACAAACGUAUACAUACAGGAGAAAAACCUUAUCAUUGUGACAUCUGUGGUAAUUUAUUCUCAGCAAGUAGUGACUUAUCUAAACACAAACGUAUUCAUACAGGUGAGAAACCAUAUCAUUGUGAUGUCUGUGGUAAAUCAUUUUCUCAUGGCAAUACCUUAACUAGACACAAAUAUAUUCAUACAGGUGGAAAGCCAUAUCACUGUGAUAUCUGUGAUAAAUCAUUCUCUACAAGUAGUGACUUAACUUACCACAAACGCAUUCAUACUGGUGAGAAACCAUUUAACUGCGAUAUCUGUGGAUUAUCAUUUUCUUUAAAUCGGGAAUUAACUCGACAUAGAAGUAUUCAUACAGGAGUGAAACCAUAUCACUGUGAUAUUUGUGGUAAGUCAUUCUCUGGAACUUGUGACUUAACUCGACACAAAAGUGUUCAUACUGGAGAGAAACCAUAUCACUGUGAUAUCUGUGGUAAAUCAUUCUCUCUAAAUGGUGUUUUGACUAGACACAAACGUAUUCAUACAGGAGAAAAGCCAUAUCACUGUGAUGUCUGUGGUAAAUCAUUCUCCGAUGGGAAUACCUUAACUAUACACAAGCGGAUUCAUUCAGGAGAGAAACCAUAUCACUGUGCUGUGUGUGACAUAUCAUUCUCUCAAAAUAGUGAAUUAACAAGACACAAAAGUAUUCAUACUGGAGCAAGACCACAUCACUGUGAUAUUUGUGGUAAAUCAUUUUCUGGAAGUAGCAAUUUAGCCACUCACAAACGUAUUCAUACAGGAGAGAAACCAUAUCACUGUGAUAUCUGUGGUAAAUCAUUUUCUGUAAGAAAUAACCUAACGAUACAUAAACGUAUUCAUACAGGUGAGAAACCAUACCAUUGUGAUGUCUGUGGCAAAUCUUUCUCUCAUAAAGGUCACUUAACUCGACAUGUAGCUAUUCAUACUGAAGAGUGACUGUAUCGAUAUCUAAUUUAGCACAGCUACACUACUCAUCAUAGAGGCGCAAUGGCCCAGUGGUUAGGGCAGCGGAAUCGCGGUCAUAGGAUCGCAGUUUCGAUUCCCAGACCAGGCAUUGUGAGUGUUUAUUGAGCGAAAACACCUAAAGCUCCACAAAGCUCCGGCAGGGGAUGGUGGCGAACCCUGCUGUACUCUUUCACCACAACUUUCAGUCUUACUUCCUGUUUCUGUUGUGCCUGUAAUUCAAAGGGUCAGCCUUGUCACGCUGGAUAUCCCCGAGAACUACGUUAAGGGUACACGUGUCUGUGGAGUGCUCAGCCACUUGCACGUUAAUUUCACAAGCAGGCUGUUCCGUUGAUCGGAUCAACUGGAACCCUCAACAUCGUAAGCGACGGAGUGCCAACAACAACAACACUACUCAUCAAAUUAAGUUGGGUUUUUUUUUUCUCUCAUUAGUACAGUUACUAAUUGUGUGAACGUUGAUACUUUCUUAUUGGGUAAUUUAGAAAUAUUUAUUUAUGCUCAGUCUGUGUAUCUUAAUUGGGUUAAGGUAUCAAAGUAUCAAUAUUAAUAUAUUUCUAAGGUGAUAAGCUGGCAGAAUCAUUAGCAUGCCAGGUGAAACGCUUAGUAGCAUUUCAGUCGUCUUUACAUUCUGAGUUCAAAUUCUACUGGGGCUGACUUGGCUUUUCAUUCUUUCAGAAUUAAUAAAAUAAGUACCAGUCAAGCAAAUACCAGCUGAGUUCAAUGUAAUCGACUUACUGCUUUCCCCAAAAUUGCUAGCCUUGUGCCAAAAUUUGAAAUCAAUAUAUUCCUAUAAGGAAUGUUAAGCUCAUUACAUAUUUUUUUUUUGUCAUUCAUAAAACGUUAAUCAAAUUCAUUUUCCCAAUUUUCUAGAUGGCAUAUCAAGCAAUCUCAUUAAAAUUACUGCUUUACAAUAUUCAUAAAAGACAUACUAAGGAGAAAAAGGGUAAAAACAUUUAUUUUCAUUAACAAAAUUUAUGCAGUACACAUUACUGUAUUGUGUUCACUGUGGCUAGCAAAAUUUGUCUGAAGAUCAUGUCAUAUAAUCAACCAUUGGAGAAAACCAUCCUUUUUAACACACCACAAACGUAUCGAGGCAAGAAAGAAGGCAUAAUAAUGUGAUAACAACUUGCCAUGAUUAUAUUUUAUAUAACCACAGCUACAUUGACAUUGUUGAAAUAACUUACCAAUGAUAUUUUUAAUGAAAUUGUUUUUCAGAACGUUUACUGAUUUUUCUAAAGGGAGAAAAGAUAUAACUGGUUUGUCUGACAUUGUGGGUAAAUAUUUGAUGAAUAAAUGUAUUUUCAUGUAUCACUGAUGUUAUCAAUGUACAGUUAUGUAACAAAUGAACGCAUAAACUUUGAAAGAAUAUGUAAGGUGGGCCAAAAGUCUUGCAUGAAACAAGUUCAAUACGCUCUGAAACUAAAUAAAAUAAUGAUUGAUAUACAUGUGCUUGUACAUGGUGAACGAAAUGAGUAGUAUUAGUAGUAAUAGUAGUAGUAGCCCUUUCUACUAUAGGCACAAGGCCUGAAAUGUGUAUGUGUGUGUAGGGGGUGCCAGUUGAUUACAUUGACCCCCAGUGUUCAACUGGUACUUAUUUCAUCAACCCUGAAGGGAUGAAAGGUAAAGUCAACCUCGGUGGAAUUUGAGUGAUAAUGAUAAUAAUAAUUAUAAAAUAAUGUAAUAUAAAUAAAAUGUUGAAUGUUUUGGUGCAUGACUUUUAGCCCACCAUGUAUGUAUGUGUGUGUGUGUGUAUGUAUAUUAUAUUAUAGUAUGAAUUGAUUAUAUUAAUAUUUAUUUAUGUAAUAUAUUUCCCAUGUUGCAUUUUAACUGGUCAUAUCAGGCUCAAAUAUUCUUUGGGUUCAUAUUCAAACUGGCCAGAUCCAACCUUUCACAUCUACACUACAAUAUCAUUCUAAAAAUACAGUCACAUCAUUGAAAUCUCAAAGCUAUGAGACAAUGCAUGAGUAAUUAAAAAUAAAGUGAAUAUAUAAACAUUACAUUUGACUGGGUUAUGCUAAAUACUCUUUUACUUGUUUCAGUCUUUUGACGGUGACCGUGCUGGAGCACCACCUUUAGUCAAGCAAAUCGACCCCGGGACUUAUUCUUUGUAAGCCUAGUACUUAUUCUAUCGGUCUCUUUUGCCGAACCGCUAAGUGGCAGGGACAUAAACACACCAUGAUGUGAUUGUUUAUUCUUAGAACAACAUUGUAGGGUAUACGUGAGAGGCUGCACAUGGCCAGUUUCAAUGUUAAAAGGGGCUCAAUGACUACUUUGCAUAUUGAUUUGAAUUGAACAUGUUUUCCAUACAAGAUGUCACCAUAGAUUCUUAAUCUUUUCUCAUUCUCAACUUUGUAAAUAUUGUUAAUAAACUGAAGUUUAAUAAA